CAAAGGGAAAAAUUCCUGAGAGGGGGUCAGAGAAGAACAGAGAGCAGAACAGGAGUAGCUGGGAGAGACGACCCCCUGCUCUCUGUUUUAACUUCCUCCCUGAUUGUUUCGGCACUCUCUCUCUACCUGAAAAUGUUUGAGCAAGUUCAGACCGUCCUACGCCACAUCCAGGACUUUAAACCCAGUUCCCUGGGACCCCAUCACAAAGAGAGCCCCUCUCAUCAGGAAGACACCGGUCUCUUAGCCCGGCUGACCCAUGGUGAGGUUGGGAGUGUCUUCCGGCAGGCGGGGAACCGAGUGCGCAUGAAAAUCCGGAAUCGUAAGGAGGCAGGAGUUUCCAGUGAUUUAAACUCUGCUGAUAUUGAAGUGGGGGAAUGUCCAUGGAGUCCCAACUCUCACCUCACUCAGCCUCAGGAGUCUGGCCAAUAUUCCGUGGAACUGCUACGAGGGCCCAGUGGCUUCGGAUUCAGUCUAAGGGGCGGAAGUGAAUAUAAUAUGGACAUCUACGUCUUAGCUCUUAUGGAAGGUGGGCCAGCCCAGCAAUGUGGCAAGAUUCAGGUAUGUGAUGUUCUCAGGAAAUGAGCACCAAUGCAAAGUUGCUGAGGCCAGGCAGAUGUGAAUUGGUUUUAGAAAACUUGUUGAGACUUGCAGACAAAAAUGACUUUCUCGCUCACACAUCCCCGAAACUUUAGCUGUUGUACAAUCUAGCAUUCUAGAACAUAGGCUGGAUCAAGCAGAGCAGACAGCCUUCCAGUUCUAUAUUACUUGGCAAGGGAACCUAUGUAUAGUAUCUAGUUCUAAUAAUGUAAGUUAUUAUACAUGAGUCUUCCCUGGUGCC